AAUUGAAUAAAUUUCAUUGUUUUUACAGAUUUCAUACGUAAAGGAAUGGAACACCUCGGCAUUGAUCCACUAUUUGUGAUGGAUUGUUUCUUCCGAAACACGCCCUUUUAUACCAAGACAGGUUUAAUUAUUUGCUUGUCGGUAUUACACAUUGCACGACCUAAUUCAUUACGUGUGUAAAAAUAUCAUGAAAUUAUGUCUGGUCUAUUGAGAGGUGUGUAGGCCUUCAUGUGGAGUUCUCCUUUGGUUGUUUGGAAUUGGAAGAAGUUAUUUAAAAAACAUGAAUAGAAACAAGAGAGUGUUUAUAUUCUUUGGGAUUUGGAUUUUACUUGCCUUUAUCGCCAUCUUAUUAAACGUGUUGAACGUGGAUUGGACCAAAACCAACUACAUAAACGCCAUCUUCAUCAUUGUAGUAUUGGGUGUUUUACAGGGAAGCGUGAUGGAAUUCCCCAUGCAAACUGUGGCUACAUUAUUAAUAGGUGGAGAAACUCGAGACCCACAAAGAGCCAAGUGUGACAGGUUUACCAUUCUUUUGAACUACAAUCUUCUUGCGCUCAGUAAAGAUGAAAUUGACGAUUGUUUGGAUAAUAUGUUCCAAGCUUUCAUGGGGAACCUGAGUCCUAAUGUCUCAGCUGUGCUUGUUAGUGCAACUGGUGCACAAGAACUUAAAGACUACGAAAUAGAAGUAGUACAAAAAUACAGAUCCCUCAUAUAUGAUCAUUUAUUCCAGGAAGGGGUAUCUUUUGCUGAAGAGGAUUUUGAUUCAAUCAAUCCUGCACAUUUGGAACAUUUGUGGAAAUUAUACGAUGAUGUGGAGAAAUCUGUAUUUAUUACAGAGUACUUGCAUGAUAUUUGUGAUCGAUUUGCGCGUGAAUUUAUGGUUAUACAUCGUGUCAGUCGCGUAUUACGCAAGUGUGGACAGUACCAGGACCUGAUGCUCCUUUCGGAAGGGGAUGACUUAGCUUUCACAUACUGUGACAGAGAAUUUUAUGGCAGGGAUGCUAGACCGUACUCAGAGCCUCUAUUUCACGAUUCAGAAGACGUGAAUAACAUUUUUGGAAGAAAAUUUGACUAUACUUUAGUGUUAGACGGUGAUACUGGUGUACCAGAUGGGUGUGUUUAUGAGUUAUUGUCCAUCGCUGCAGCGAAUCCUGAGCGAGGAAUCAUACAGCCUGCCAUCAAACUGUAUUGCAAUGACACAGACACAAUUUUUAUGCACAUAGAAGCAAUGAGACAGUCUAUUUAUGAACCAAUGACAAAUGCAGUGAUGGCUUUGCUUGGUCAAUCAGCUUACUUUGGGAAGGCAAUGAUAAAAAAUAAAAUAUAUAUUGAAAGAGUGAUUGGGACAAGAGAUAAUUUAAUAGAGCGAGUUCCUGUCGAUGUUUUGAGUCAUGACACUUUCGAGGCAGCAUUAUUACAACCUUUAUAUGCGGGUUCGGCGUAUCUCCUAGAAGCACCCUCAUUUAAUUUCGUUACAUGGAACAUUCGAGAAAGACGCUGGAAUCGAGGAGAAGUGCUUUUAGCGAUGUACUUCUGGAAGAAUGCCGUAGGGAGGCUUAUGAGAUGGAUUCAAAGGCAGAUGAAAGGAGAUAAGUUUAACCCUACAAAACUUCGUACCGAGUCUCAUCUCGAUUUUGUGAGCAGUUUCAUUGCCUAUGCUGCUCUCAGACAGAUGAUGAUGAAACCAUUCUUACUUUUUUACGUUCUUAUUCACAUCAGCGUACAUCUCCGAUACAGAUAUGCUUCUAUCAUCAUUGUAAUGUUUCUAGUUCUUGUAUUCCCAAAAUUUGCAACGUGUAAUAAGAAGAACUACAAAUAUGUCAUUAUUGAAACUAUCGCUUCUAUUUUACAAUUCACACCAGAAGCAAUAGUGGGUUGUGUUAGAUUUGUGAAAGCAGUACAAGCGAACCUUGGUGCUAAUGUUAAAUGGAUCCCGCAGAGGGCAGUAGAAGACGAAUUUAGAGCGUCCAAUUGCUUCAUAUCCAGUCUAAAACAUCUUUGGGGAUAUUCAGUUUUUGCUGUUAUUUGUAGCAUAAUCAUUGCAUUAUUUGUGGAACAAGCUUUAUUAUUGUUAGUCAUGUUUACCACAUUAUUUUUCCUACCCCUUUAUACUGGUGUAACGUCACUUCCUCUGAAAAAAGAGGUAGAACGCCAUUUUUACAAAACAAAUGUCGAAAUUGCUACUGGCGCAGCACACACUCCGGGAAUUUACAGAUCAUUUGAAGAUUCUGAAUGUGUUAACAAAGGUGCAGAGCUAGAUAUUAUUUGAUAUUUUUUUCUUUAUAUUUCAUCAUAUUAUUUAUAAAUAUUUAUACAAAAUUGCGUGCUAUAAGUAACAUUCUUUUUUUU